AUGGUCUCUUCUUCUUCUUCUUGUCGCUUCUAUAUGUUCUUCUUAGUGAUGAUUACUUUCCACUUGGUAUCUCUUGUGAGAUCAAGCGACGUUGAGGCUCUACUGACUUUGAAAUCACCCAUUGAUCCAUCAAACUCCAUUCCAUGGAGAGGAACAGAUCUCUGCAACUGGGAAGGUGUUAAAGAAUGCAUUAACGGAACAAGAGUCUCAAAGCUUGUUCUUGAGAAUCUGAACCUCACUGGCUCACUUGACGAGAAGAGCUUGAACCAAUUAGACCAACUUAGAGUUGUAAGUUUCAAAGGCAACCAUCUCUCUGCCUCAGUUCCUAACCUCUCCGGUUUGGUCAACCUUAAAUCACUUUUUCUCAACGAUAACAACUUCUCUGGGGAGUUCCCUGAAUCACUGACGUCUCUCCACCGACUCAAAACCAUUGUCCUUGCUGGAAACCAGUUUUCCGGUCACAUCCCUAGCUCGUUGCUCCAUCUUUCACACCUUUAUACACUUCACCUUCAGGACAAUCUCUUCUCCGGCUCUAUUCCUCCUCUCAACCAAGCAACUCUGAGAUUCUUUAAUGUCUCUAAUAAUCAGCUCUCUGGCCAUAUUCCACUGACACAAGCACUGAAUCAGCUCAAUGAGUCUUCCUUUACAGGCAACAUUGCUCUAUGCGGCGAUCUGCUUCAAGAAUCUUGCAUAAGAAGGAAUGGUACAGGUGGAGUCUCUUCAAAACCGUCAGCAAUUCCAGCCAUGCCUAUAGCCAAAAGAAAGACCAAAACAAAGCUCAUUGUAAUCAUUGUCGGAAGCAUAAGUGGCGGUAUUGUAUUACUUCUGCUGACACUGCUUAUGCUACAGAGACGGCAGCAAAAGAGAGAAGAGUGCAUAAGCAAAGCCGUGGUGGUAGCAACAUCUGUCCAAACAGAAGGAGGCACCAGUGACAGUAUAAACAAAAGCUUCUCAUGGGAGAGAGGAAGUGAAGAAGGAUCAAUGGGGACUCUUGUUUUCUUGGGGAGAGGUGAAUCAGAUAUCAUGGCGGUGAGAUACAGCAUGGAUGAUCUACUCAAAGCUUCAGCUGAAACUUUGGGAAGAGGAACGUUAGGGAGCACUUACAAGGCUGUGAUGGAGUCUGGCUUCAUUGUCACUGUUAAGAGGCUUAAGGAUGCAGGGUUUACUAGAAUGGAGGAGUUCAAGAGACACAUUAAGAUCCUUGGAAGGCUCAAGCACCCUAACUUAGUGCCUCUCAGAGCCUACUUCCAAGCCAGAGAAGAAUGCUUGCUUGUCUAUGAUUACUUCCCCAAUGGAAGUCUCUUCUCUCUUAUCCAUGGAAGUAGAGUUUCUAGGAGUGGGAAGCCUCUUCACUGGACAUCAUGUCUGAAAAUAGCUGAGGAUUUAGCAAUGGGUCUUGUCUACAUUCAUCAGAAUCCCACCUUAACUCAUGGGAACUUAAAAUCCUCCAAUGUUUUGUUAGGUCCUGACUUUGAGUCCUGCCUCACGGACUAUGGUCUCAGAGAUCUCCAUGAUCCCCACUCUGUUGAAGACACAAGUGCAGCCUCUCUCUUCUACAAAGCUCCUGAGUGCAGAGACUCACGCAAGGCCUCGACACAACAAGCUGAUGUCUAUAGCUUUGGAGUCCUCCUUCUAGAGCUUCUAACAGGUAAAGCUUCAUUCCAGGACCUUGUUCAUGAACACGGGUCUGAUAUCUCCAGAUGGGUGCGUGCGGUGAGAGAGGCAGAGACUGAAUCAAGCGAGGAGCUGAAUUCUUCUGAGGAGAAACUUCAAGCUCUUUUGAGCAUUGCAACAACAUGCGUGGCUAUUCAGCCUGAAAACCGGCCUGUGAUGAGAGAGGUGUUGAAGAUGGUGAAGGAUGCAAGAGCAGAAGCAGUAGUGUUGUCAUCUUUCAGCAGUGGCCAGUCACCAGGUAGAUGGUCGGAUACAGUACAGAGCUUGCCAAGGGAGGAUCAUAUGAGCAUAUGAUGAACGUUGUUGAGCGUUCUCUCCAUUGUUUGAUUGUUGAAGUUGCACUAUAGGUUCAUAGUGUAAGGAUAUUGUUGAUGCCAUUCUAACUAUAUCAAGGGAUUAACCAGUGACUCGAAGAUGAAAUGCAAACCUGAUUCGGUCUUU